UGUCAGACCAAAUGUCUUUUAAAGACAAUACAAUCAAAUAAAAUAUUGCCACUUAUCCUGUUCCAAAUAGGAUCAUACACAUACGCAUUAUAAAAAUGUUCAGUCACUAGGGCAUUCUUUAUCUGGCAUUGCUAUUAAUAACGUCUUCAGUAAAUCUUCUCUAAUUUAUGUUCUCUUUCAUACAUUUUAAUACUGUAUAAAUGCGCACCAUGAUACACCUGAUUGAAAAGGUAUUUUAUUUUGUAAGUGGUGAAAGUAGAAUUCGAGGUGAAAAUAGAAAUCAACUACAGAGCUAUGUUUAUGUCCGAUUGUUAAAAGACUUAAAACCUGGUACAUGAAGUUAUCACGGGGUUACGUUGAAGUAACGUUAAGUAACGUCAGGUCCACCGGGACCAGCCGUGUCAAAACAACCUCCAACUGACAGCUUUCAAGGGAAAGAUGGCGACCCGAGUCCUUCAGAGAGUGGGCAAAGGCCUUACUCAGACGAGAAAUGGGCUUCAGAAGAACGGACAGGUCACGGUGGUCGUAAGGAGCCUCUCAGCUCAACGUGAAGACAGCUGGUUCAAGUCUCUGUUUGUUAGAAAGGUCGACCCCCGAAAAGACGCUCACGCUCAUCUGCUCGCCAAGAAGGAAGACAACAAUCUGUACAAAAUACAAUUUCACAAUGUCAAGCCUGAGUGCCUUGAGGCUUACAAUGAACUUUGUGAGGACGUCUUGCCUUCCAUUCAUGCUGAUCCUGAAUACCCCUGUGAGCUUGUGGGUACCUGGAACACGUGGUACGGAGAGCAGGAUCAGGCAGUUCACCUGUGGAGAUAUCGGGGAGGAUACCCGGCUCUCACCGAGGUCAUGAGCAAACUCCGGCAGAACGAGGAGUUUACGCGCUACAGGAACGAGAGGGGGAAGAUGCUGCUGUCUCGUAGGAACCAGCUGCUGCUGGAGUUCAGUUUCUGGAACGAACCGGUCCCUCGUCCAGGACCCAACAUCUACGAGCUCCGAUCAUACCAACUCAGGCCAGGGACGAUGAUCGAGUGGGGAAAUUACUGGGCGCGUGCCAUUGAGUUUCGCCAGCAGAACCACGAGGCAGUGGGAGGCUUUUUCUCACAGAUUGGAAGUCUGUACACGGUUCACCACUUAUGGGCGUACAAAGACCUUCAGUCCAGAGAAGACACAAGAAAUUCUGCCUGGCAGCAUGAUGGCUGGGAUGAGGUUGUUUAUUACACAGUCCCUCUUAUUCAGCACAUGGAAUCUAGAAUCAUGAUUCCCCUGAAGAACUCGCCCCUGAAGUAACCACAAACACCGGAGGAACCUCUCAGCAGCCACUGAUCUGUGGAGAGUGUAACCAGCCAUCAGUUGGUGCACUGCCGGGGAAAUCUGCAUAACAUCAACGUGUUGUUUCAGUUUUUGUUUUCCUCUUCUUGUUUGUUUCUCCACUCCCCUUUUCUUUGUGGACCUAGAAUGUCUUAUUUCAGAUGAUGAGGUUAAAAACGGUUGUCACCAAAAACCAGAUCUGUUACAGCAGUUACUGAUCCAUUAAUGCGCUUUGUGGAGACGACAUAUUAUUUCACAUGCCCCCUCCUCUUCACUCUCUGUCUCUAUCUUUUUAAAAGGUCUGAUUUUAAGAGGCUUGUCUUCUUAUUUUUUGAUGAUUUGAAAACAUCAGUGUGUGUGAAUGUGAUACCAGGAACAGAUCAAACAUUUAGCAGUUCUAGUGCUGGUCACAGGUGCUCAAAAUGUCUGAAGGUCUUUUAGAAACAUCACUCUGUUGCACUAGCAUUGAUAACGAAUCAAACAAAAGUUACUGCUUCCAGUAUCUCACAACAAACACACUGCCUCCAGAGCUCACAGUUCGCUAUCAAUAUGAACUGGAUAAGCUUCUUUACAUGUCACAGGUGAUGGUCAGUUUAACAAAGAGGAGCAUGCUGAUUAUAAAUCAGUGUUCUGAAAUCACAGAUGAAGCUGAUGGUCAGAGAUGGAAGCCUGUAUUGUAGGGCCACAGUCAGACUCUGGCUUUACAUUCAGUAACAUUUCACCAGGUAUAUCCAUCAAGAAGAUGUGACUUUAUGUUUACAUGGCUUUGUUCCAGCCAACUGAUUAUGGCGUGUACCAGUUGUUUGAAGACACACAGAAAUUAAAGUCCACUAACACACCACAAGUGUCAGGCUAGUCAGAACAGUAAGCCAGACUUUGAUGUAGUUCAGUCUUUUCAUACCGGCCGGAUACGUGACAACAAUGUCCAGUUCUUGCGGUGAAGUUGUGGUGAAUCUGCCAAAGGUGUCAUUUUAAUUUAACAUCAUGCUGGCUCUUCCAGCUGGGGACAAUAUGAUUCAAAUGAUUAGACAAUGUUUGAUUUCAGAACUAAUCUGUAACUACAAACUGCUGUACACUGACUGGUUUGACUCAUCCCUCUGUCAAGACAUUAAUGCCAACCGGGUUAUUGUGUGCUCUAACUGAGAUUGUUUUUAUUAAAAUGGUCAGAUUGUAGAUAUACAUAGUGCGUUUAUUGAUCAACCCAGAGAUACGGUUAACUCUGUAUCUGUUAAUGAGGUGGGGUACUCUAAACUAUCUGAUGACAAGUGGAGAGGAGUAUCCCAAUGUGGUAAAUGCGAAUUGCAGUGCUUUAAUAAGAUUAGUUGUACAUAUUGAAUUAAACGUCUGAUAACAAUGGAAUAAAAAGUCUUGGACUCCUUUUCUUCAUGUAGGCUGUCGUUUGAAAUGACUGUAUUACAUACAGACUACAUAUAGACUACAUAUCAGCAAAGGUGAUGUAGUCAGCGCGUCGUCAGGGUGUGACUUAUGCUGCCUUCAGUGUAUGUCG